AUACUUUUUACUGACAACUGGGAUGACUUUGGGACAGGAUGAACAUCAAACCCGUUUGGAAGAUAUUGAGAAUGAAAAUUUGAUUAGUGAAAGAAGAUCGUCAUCUGACUUCAGUAAUGCUAAAAGUAAUUCUGUAUCAUUUACCACAUCCAAACCAAUAUCACCUCAACUUCAAUUUGGCUUCACCCCUAUAAAGGAAUAUUUUACAUCGUCAACAGAAAGUCCCAAUCCUUCCUUAAAUAGUCUACCAAAUUAUCAAAAUCGGGGACAAAUUUUAUUCAAUAGCUACCAACCACAAACUGCCCAACGAUAUCAAACACAAUCCUAUCAACAACCACAACAACAGACCUAUCAAUAUCAAAUACAACCACAACGACAAAAUAAUCAAUACCCAUCACAACAACCACAAAACUAUAAUAUUCAAGAAAGUAAUCCUGUUGAAUAUUUACAACCUCAGGCACAAGCCCUCCAAGCUACUCAAGUAGUGUAUCAAAGUGAAAUAGGUAAAGCAGACCAGUAUGCUCAGGUUGUUCCUCAAUACAGCACUCUGCCACAACAAUAUCAAAGUGUUACACCUUCCCAAGUUACUCAACAAAAACAGCAAGAAUUUUCCCAAUACAGCACGUUUCCACAACAACAGCAAGAUAUGCAAACUUAUCAGAAUGAGCAGUCAUCUAAAUCACCAGCUUUUCAAGAGAAUCAACAAUUAUCCCAAUUCAAUAUUGUACAACAGGGUAAAUUGACUUCUCAAACUGUACUACCUUCCAAAGAAGUGCAGUACCAGCAAGAGGCUCUUCAAUAUCAGGACAGUAUUGGAUCAUUACAGAAACCCGGAGGUUCUAAUCAAGUUCAUGUACAGGACAUAAGUUCUCUUCAAUAUUUACAACCGCAGUUGCAUGGAUUGGAGGGUGUACCUUACUUUGGAAAUGGUCAAGUAGGUUCAGGCUUCCUGAACUCCUUCCAGGACGUCUUCAGGUUAGUAAAGAUUAAAUCAAAAACAUUAUUGGAACAGAUAUUAUUGCUGGCUGCAAAUAUGUACAAAUUUCGUCUCAUUAAGCUGAAUUCAUAA